CAGAGAGAGACCAGCAUGGAGCUAUCACAGCUUCUUCUGUUAUUGGGUGUGAUUGCAAUGAAAAUUGCCAGAACUAAACAAGAUAACCCUGUUCCGUCCAAGGCAACAGAUUGUUCUGCGAAUGAUUCCAUGGGGCUUUUGCCAGCCCCAAACCUCACACUGCUCACGGAAGGUGCCAUCUUCAAGGGACGGUCUGUCAGCCUGCAGUGCGCAGCGCCCAGUGACCGCCAGGGAAGUACUUUCCACCUGCAGAUACGGGACGACGGAAAACUUGUUGAAACAAAAGAAGCUCCCCAGUCCAUGCACAGUGUGACCUUCACCAUUGCUGAGUUCACUGUCCCAGGAAACUACGUCUGCAGAUAUCAGCAAUUGGUAUCAACGACAUGUGGGAUUUCCAAGACUAGCAAUAUUCUCCACCUUACACUAUCAGCUGUCCCUGACUUCACCACGCAGCCUCCUGGUCCUACGAAAGCUGGUGUUCCAUUCGGGAUCAUUGUGUUGGUCGGUGCAAUAACAGGCCUCGUGGUUGUAGUCAUAUCAGUGACGAUAACGGUUUACAUCAAGAGAAUAUAUGACAAGAGAAAGAAGCGCAAACAAAGAGAAAGAGAAAGUGUUUGGACUCCACGAGAUAUGGCUUCUGAUUGGACCUAUGAUAAUACAUUAUAUUCUCUGGAGCGGAGGCCUCCUUCAGAGCCACAGUACUCUCACCAACCCAACAGACAGAUCCUCGGGGAAUCAUGGACAGAAAAAUCCUUCAGCUCUUUCCACCAGUGACCUGAUAAAAUCCCUAGCUCUAUAUUUUUCCUAAUGAAAACAUUAUUCUGUGACAGCGAUAGUUAUCCAUGCGGUAUAAAUGACGUUUACAUGUAUAUAUACAAGAUCCCUUGUCAUAUCUAUCGUGAUCUGCUAAUAGAACAGAUGUGUACUGUUUCUCUAUUUGUGUGCUCCGAUCAAAGCACUGUUCAUCUGCUAGGA